CACACACACAGCGCCAGACUGCAGGCCUGCUGAAAAACGGAACCAGCUCGCUGGGAUCCUCAAAAAAGACGUUAUUUUAAUAAAAAACACAUUUGUCAUCAAACGGACCGAAGCUUUGCCCCCCGUUUUUAAUAAAGCUACAGUUAUUUGGAUUAUUUUAUGGACAUUUGCAUUAGAUGUACGCCUGUUUAAGCAGGAGAAGACGUCUUACCUUAGCUGAGCGCAGACAAAUGUUAAUAUAAUUUUUGAAAUUCCCCAGCUGCUGACUUUGACUUCGCGUAGGUGGCGACUUCCCAUCACGCCUGGCCAGUUUUGUGGUGUCUGUCUGGCUCUGAGGAGGGGGGGGAAGCCAAGCAGAAUACUAUAGCAGCUAUAAAAACGCAGGUCUGUGCAGAACUGGCUUUAGUUUUUUUUUUUUCUUUUCUGGGCAUCCUGUCCUCAAUUACAGCUUAAAAGCUCCAGCACAAGUCAUAGAAUUGGUCUGUAGUGACCCAGAGAGGCGGAGCGUGUGGCCGCAAAGAUACCCAAAUCGUUUGAGUACCCCGCAAUUUAAUCAAAUAAAGUCCUCUCUUUAAGCAGGAGCGUAACAUCAUGUGGUUUUUGCGUGUUUUUUUCAUAGACUCACAUGAGGCGUCUGCGGGCGCUCUGGCUGUAUUAGUCAGUCUGUAUAUUUCAAGGUCGUGUUUCAGAUGUGUCACUUAAAUCCGUGUGUGCGCCAUCGGGCACUAGGGUCCAGACCAGCCGCAGCGAUCUUAAUCCUAGCUCAGGUCUCUCAUUCACAGCACAUUAGAGUCAGGUUGCAGCUUUUCUAAAACAGGCUUCAUGGUGGCCCCCUGAGCGGAGUAGAACAGGGCGGAAUGUCCUGUGUGGCAUGUUUACCAAAUUAAACAGCAGAAAUGCAUCUAGUCUCAGCACAUUUACCGCCUCUACUUCUUCUUCUACUUCCGUUUGCUGAAUGCGUGCAUUGUCUGUUUGCCACUCCAAGAGAAUUUUUUUAUUUGUUUUGUUUUUUUUUUUUUUUUUAAAUAUGAGUGAUAGCUAAAAGGCAUCUGAUGUUGCAGGUGUAUAUUUUAAUUUUAACUUUAAAAAUAAAACAGCAAGGCAGAAUCUUAUGGGUGAAUAUUAUAAAUAUCACGUCCCCCGUUGAUUUUUGGUUUGUUGAUGUAUGCUGCAUUUACGUAAAAAAAAAAAAAAACAGAUAUAUACAUAUCUUAACAAACUGAAUUAAAACGGCGUUAUAUAAAACUAGCUGAAAUGUUUGCAUAGAUAAAAACAGAACUGCCAGAUAGUCUUGAUAAUAUUCUGGAGAUAUUUAUGUUGUCGAGCAACGCACAGUUGACUGCACACGUUGAUGUAAACUUUGCCAAACAAUCGUGCGUAAAAGUGUAGCCAGCCACUUUUGAAGUCGCCAUUUGAAAUCACGAAAUGUUACUUAUGCGUCAGAAUUUUCUCUAAAUAUUCUCCAUUUUAAUUUGACCAAAAAUAUCACUUAAAUCAAUUUCAAGCAGAGGAUAAUGUUUAUUGAGGUCAAUGUUAAUUUCUUGGCUGUUUUUGCUUUACGCACGUAUUUGUUUUAACUCUGCCAAUCUGUUAUUUCUGCACACUGACCAGGAAUCUAGACUAAGAAAAGAAAAAAAUAAAUAAACAAAUGUUCGAACUUCCCUUGAUGUUCCACUUCAAGACAAUGAAAACUUUAAUUGACAUCCAAAACAGCAUUCACCUUGAAAUACUACUUGUCGUUGAUUUAUAAACCACCUUCGCUGUUUGCUAUAGAAAUACCUUCCGGAAAGUUUUGAUUUUGUUGUUGUUGUCGUUUUUGUUGGCGCACAAAUACAAACACUGUGCUCUUCUUUUGUUUGUUUUUUGCUUGCAGUUGAAACAGUAUAGCCGCUACUUUGAACAUGACCCUGAUAACCAAAUGCUCACUGAGCCAAACGCUGCGCAGUAAAAGUACCAGAAGAUGAUGACUAAGGCAUCUCCCUAAAAGCAACCUUUAGAAAUAAGCUGCUCUCCCCCUUAGUUCAAUAAAACUCUGCUACAUAUCCCUAAAGUUGCAGACCAUUGAUUUGGUUCCAGUGUUGUUUUCGAGGCUGAGAACAGGCGGCAUAAUUCAUUUUGAGGAGCUGCUUCCUCUGAAAUAAAUUAAAAACUUUUAGGGUUUUAUCAUUUCAUGGUAAAAGGAGCACGUUUAGUUUUUAAACGGUGUUCUACCUGCUGCGUUCAUUCAGAUUUAAAUCUUUUUUUUCUUUUUUUUUUUAAAUAGUCACUAAGCAGUUAAAGAUGUCUUUGUUCUCCUCGGUUGCGUGUUAAGUAAUUCAUUUUAAUCCGGUAUGGUUAUAAACCACCAAUGUCAAGCUUCAGGACACACAGCAGUCAUGUCUCUCACACUCCUACACACUCCUUCCCCUACCGAAGCCUUACACACCCAGAGGAUUGGGCGCACGCACGCAAGCGCGCACGCAGCCGCGCACACAACUGGAGAAAAUCUGUCAAUUCCUGCCGCGUGGUCACGUGGCCUCCUCCUCAGUGGAGUGGAUGGAGAUGGCUCUCCACGUCAGCUUACGUAUCCCAAUUUGUGCUUAGCGAACCUGCUUCAAAGAGGCGAGAGGCACGGCGCUUCAGAGCCAUGUUCGGGGUGGUUAUAGAGGAAUCAAAGCCCAGCACAGACUUGUAGAAGCGGCCGAGCAACAAUGAUGGAUUUUGACGAGAGGGUCCCCGUCGGAUCGAACAUGUACUUACCCAGUUGCACUUACUACGUGUCGGCGGGGACCGAUUUCUCGGGUCUUCCCUCGUUUUUGUCUCAGACCCCUUCCACCCGCCCAAUGACAUACUCCUAUUCCUCUAACCUGCCGCAGGUCCAGCCCGUCAGGGAGGUGACAUUCAGGGACUAUGCGGGUAUCGAAGCGCCCGGUAAGUGGCCGCACCGGGGGAACUUGUCCCAGUGCUACUCGAGCGCGGAAGACAUGGUGCACCGGGAGUGCCUGUCGGCGCAGACCGCCGUCGUGGGUGACAUGUUUGGUAAAAACAGCCCCUACCACCACCACCACCACCACCACCAUCACCACCAUAGCAGCGGGAGCGGAGGAGGUGGCUCUUCGGGUGCUGGCUCCGCCGCCGCCGCCGCAGCCGCCGCUAGCUUCUACGGGAGCGUGGGCAGAAAUGGCGUGCUCCCGCAAGCCUUCGACCAGUUCUACGAAACCGCGUACGGGAACGCGUCGGAGAGUUCGUCGUCGGUGAACACCGCCUUCUCAGGGGACAAAACGCCUGCAAGUAAGCAUCCGGAGCAGACGCCGUCCUGCCGGGACUCCGAGGCAAAGGAGCAGCGAGAUGAGACAAGCAGUCCGGAGCUAUCUUCCGGCAACAAUGAGGAGAAAUCCAGCAGCGGCAGCAGCAGCAGUGGACAGAGGACGCGCAAGAAACGAUGUCCCUAUUCCAAAUAUCAAAUACGAGAACUGGAACGAGAAUUCUUUUUCAGCGUGUACAUAAACAAAGAGAAGCGGCUGCAACUGUCGCGGAUGCUCAAUCUCACCGACCGACAAGUCAAGAUCUGGUUUCAGAACCGGCGCAUGAAGGAGAAGAAGCUGAACAGAGACAGGUUACAGUACUACACGUCCAAUCCUCUGCUUUAGGGGGACCCAGAAAAAAAGAAGGAGAAGCACAUUGCUCCGGUUCCCCCUCCCCUCCUGUGGGACUACAUAGGGUUCGUCCACAGACUCACUGACUUCUCCUCGGUGUACUUCGUGUACUAUACCACAGUGGCCGGCGACGGCAGCAAUAACACUGCUGGAUUGUUCAUUUCAAUGUUCGAUGACACGCAGAGUGCGCUGAUAUGAAGUAAGCGUUCAUGGGCCGUGGUUUUGCGCAUCAAACUGAUUUUGAAAAGAAAGGAAAAAAUAUAUAUAUAUAUACAAACUGUUUUUCUUUUUCUUCUGUGUGCGCUCCAGGUCUCUGUUUUCGGAAAGGGCCAUGUUAUUAGAACCUGUUUGUUCUUAUUUGUCAGGGUGUGUGUGGGGGGAACAGUCAUUAAUUGACUGCUUAAGUGUAUUUUGUAAUCAAAAAAUAAUAUUUUAUUUCUUUUUAUUUUUGUCUGUUGUUUAAAUCAGAAAUGUGCUGGAUUUAAACUUAAGGCGAAUAGGUUGACCUAUUUAGGGAGUCUGGUGGAGCCUACAUUGGUGUGACCAAAUAAUGAGUCCGUAUACGGAUGCGAAUGAUGGUGUUUCUGUUCAUGUUUGUGCUUAUUUAUUUUGUAUGGCCACUCGUUUGCUCCUGUCUCUUUUUAUGCCACGGCUGUCCGAGUCCCAAUCCACGGGCAAGCUGUUGAGAUUCCGCCUCAAACCAGCUAUUCUUAUCUCUGACGGUCGCCUAUGGAAGAAAAGAGGGCUAAUUAUUUAUAUAAUGCGUAUCUUUUAAACGCGUAAAGCCAUGCUGAUGAUCAUAUGCAGGCCAAAACCAGACAGAUAAGCUUUGUCCGCUUGGAUCCGGAGCACUGAGGUGUUCACGCAGGUGUAGCUUAGAGCUUAUCCCUCCAAUCUUUGGACUUCUAUGCAUCCUUUUUAUGACCUUGUUUUUACUAAAUCCAGGAAAUGUGUUGAACAUUUGACUAUAGAUCCCGUCCAAAUUGUUUCUACACAAACGGAGACAUUAAAUGUCAAAAUUGAUUCGCCAAUUAGAACGCCCUUUCAACCAAAUAGAAACGCCACGAUACAUUUGGUUGAGCGUUCAAAAGUUUUUUUUUAAAAAAAAAAGACUGUCAAGCUUUCAACAUAUAUGGCUAUUGAAGUCUUCAUCUUUAUUUAACAAAGAUAAAUACUACAAAUUGAGGGGGAGUGGAUCAGCCCAUGGGUCAUGUCUAAAUUUUUCCUGUAUAAAGAUGUUGAAUGUCAUAAUUGGUUUGCCCAUUAUACCCACAUUUAGACAUCAGCAGACGCAUAGACGUCUUUCCGUCUUUGACUUUUUAAAAAACAUUUUCUGUUGUCUAGUCAGAACGCAAGUCGAGAAGAGUUUGCGAGGGGACAUUCUGCUGCAGAAAAGUAACAACCUCAUUGUCACUUUUUAUAUAAUGCGUUUGAUUGUGUUUUCAAAUAAUAAUAAUAAUAAAAAAAACAGCCUGCGCAGCUUUUUUCACCUUUUACCAAACAUGGCUAUUCGUCCUUGUUUUUCUUUUGUCCAGCGAAAGAUACGGAAAUGAGGAUUAAAAAAAAACAAACACAAAAAAAAACCUCUCAGAGCUUCCAUUUAAAUUAAACCUACAUACAGACAUUAAAUGUCACAAUUGGUUAGAACCACGCUUAAACCACAUUUAUACUCCAAUAAACGUCUUUAAUAUAACGCAUUUUCACAUUUCUAAAUUAUAAUUGCAUUUGUUUUUUACUUGCAGUCAGAAUGCGGACCCCCACCCCCCUGUUUUUAAUUGAUCAUUUCUUUUGUUGAAGAGAUUCUGCUGCAAAAAAACGUCUUGACGUCAUUCUCACUUUGAGGCUUUACAUUACUUUUCCUUUCAAAUUCAUUUUUAAUAUCACCAUUCGUGCAGCUUAAAUCCACCUUUCACCAAAUCUUGUUCUUAACACCCAGAGAAAUAUGUCAGAAAUGUGACACUCGGCUUAUCUCGUCUAUAUUUAGCCUAAGCAAAGACACUGAACGUCAGUCUCGAUGAGCCUAUUUGAUCCAAGCAGAUUUUUUUUAUCCACAUUUGGACACCAGGAGACAUCUUUAUGUUGACGCGCUGACAUUUUACGUUGCACUGAUGGAAGGCAAAGGCACAUUCUCUGGAAUUUUGCAAGAGAGGGAUUUUGGUGGUGCUGUUGGUUUUACGUGCACACGUACUCACGAAGGAAUCGUGACAAGAAACAUUUUUCGCGUGCGCACUGAUUGCAGCGUCAGCCAGAGUCAUCGCAGUGAAGCAGUUGCUUUUGAUAUGAGCCAAAAAAUAUUUUUGUAAUAUGCCACAUUUUCAAGUAACUUUAACAAUAGUUUGGUCAUGCCUAAAAUGCGUUCGGUCUCAGUAGCUGUUUCCCUUUUCUUUUUUUUUUUUUCAAAAGUUGGAUUUUGUCUCGUAAAUGUAUUCUAAAUAAACACAUUGAAACUUAGGCUCAGUUGGCCCAUUUAAAUCGCCUCUCCAACACGAUAUACAUACAUGUGGAAAUAAACAGGUCUUGAUGUGGGCGUCUUUUCAACGAUUUCCUCGAGCUAUUUAGACAGAGUGCUACUUUGUCUUUUCUUUGUCUAAUUAACAUAUCUUUGCCCAGGGGAUUUGGUCUGCUGUUCGCAACAUGUUUGUUUCCAAGAACCGUGAUCCUUGCGCUUUCAUAAAAGUGCUCAAUUGCUUGGAUCAACUGCUUUGGAAGGCCCAAAUUGUGUAUUAUAUCAUAUUUCUUAAAUAAAAGGAAAAAAGGAAAACAAAACGAUAAAACCAAAAUGAAACGCUGACUGAAAAUAGCAUUGAUAUCAGUUUUAAUCCUGUUUGCUUAAUGCCCACAUGCUACUUUUCAUUGUUGAAAGCUGGCUCUCGUCUCGAUGGAUCACAUGCGCGCAUGUAAAACUUUUUACGCACACAAGAUCAAGAUAUUAAACGCACACUCGCAGAAAAAAAAGACAAACAUUAUUUUUGCGGCAAUCAGGUGUCUUUGCGCGCAGCAAACAAUUGAAGGGAGUCACAUGUUAAAACUUAGGUCUCUCAAAUGCAAUUUGGGAGCAGUCCAAACACACAAACACACACAUACUCCCUAGCUUGGACGAGCUCAAGCAAAAAAAGAAUGACAGUUUGUUUGAGAUAUUUGUGUCAUUUAUCACAAACAGUGUUUACUUGUCGACUUUAAAUAAAU